AUGCCGCCGGCGGCGCUGCCCAGCUUUGCUCUCCUCCGCCUUGCCAUCUCAAUUGCCAUGCUUCUGGUGCAACAAGCUCGUUUGCUCCCUGCUGUGGCCGUGGCCCGGACCAAACUGACCGCGGGAGACACCCUGACGGUGCCGGACUACAUCACCAGCCCAUCCGGCAGCUUCGCCUUCGGCUUCCGCGCCCACGACUCCGACCCGACCAAAUUCCUCCUCGCCACGUGGUUCCGGUUCGGUUCCAUGCCGCCGCAGGCACACUCCGUGGUGUGGUUCGCGAAAGAGUCCGCCAUGGGCACCACGCCUAACGCCACGGCACGGUCCGUCCUCAGCAUCCCCGCAGACGGCCAGCUCAAGCUCACCGACGGCAGCAUAGAGCUUUGGAGGGCCCCGACCCCCAGCAUGAAGCGUGGGUCCGUCCUCAUGCUAACAGACUCCGGCAACGUUCAGCUCCUCGGGGACGGCGACAAUGUGCUCUGGGAAAGCUUUGGGUUCCCGACGGAUACCCUCCUUCCGGGUCAAUCUUUGGAGGGGUUUCUCUUCUCCAAGCGCGCGGACACGGAGUUCACCACGGGUCGGUUCAGCUUGGCAGCCCAGAGCGACGGUAAUGUCGUCCUCUGCAUCGACCUCUUCACCGGUGACAUAUUGCAAAACGCUUACUGGGCCACAGCCACCAACGGCCCAUACGGCAACACGACCAUCACCUUGGACGAGUAUGGCCACCUAAGCUACACUCUCUAUGACGGCAGCAUCAACAACUUGAUUUCGCCUCUCGCCACUGGCAGGAACUAUUUCCGGUUCGCCAGGAUGGACCCCGACGGCAUCGUCCGUGCCUACGCCCAUCCUAAACAUGGCGGCGGUGGCGGCCAUAACACGACUUGGACCGUGUCGGGCACGCUCCCCAGUGGCGGGGGCUGCGAGUUGAAGACGACCAGGAUGCAAGGCAUGUGCGGCCCUGGGUCGUACUGCGUGGAGACCAAAGAGCGGCUCAACUGCCUGUGCCCGAGUGGAUACACUUACAUCGAUGCAGAGCACACUGAGAGUAGCUGCACGCCGGGGUUCGAGCCACAGAGGUGUGGCGAGGAGAACAUCUCUGACAAGUUCUCACUCGUAGAGCUGCCAAACACCAUCUGGGAGCUUUCAAUAUACUACAAGAAGUUCCCAUCGGUCUCAGAGGAGCAGUGCCACGACUACUGCCUCAAUGAUUGCUUUUGUGCGGCAGCGCUGAUGAUCAACGGAUCCGAUUGUGUCGAGUUGGGGGCACUCGUGUACGGGAGGCAGGGAAAUGACGUCAAAACGAAGGCGUUGAUCAAGGUCCAUAUAAGAUCGUCACCAUUUGCUUGGCCUUAA